GCGGCAGCAGCAGCCGGCGGACGAGGAGAGACUGGCGGGGCCGAUCUGGGCGCAGGCAAUUCUUUAAUCUACCAAAAUGGUUUUAAAGAAGAAGAAAGAGAUUCAGGUUGAUGCCUUUGUUCUUGAUCACCAACAGCUUGAAAGACUUCACUCUUUUGCAGAUGCUGAAGGACAAAACCUAGCCUCUCUGCUGCUGCGCUGUGCACUGUUACCUGAUGGCAUCCAGCAAAUCCAUUGUGUCAAGCAGAUUGUGCCUUUACUAGAGAAGAUGGAUAAAAGCUCUUUGUGUGAUCCCGUGGUUAAAAACUGUUUAGAUGUUUUGGGAGUGAUGUUCUUAUCUCUGGAUGUGAAGAACCCUUUGAAAAAAGUGUUGGCAAGCUCCCUAAACGGAAUUCCUGAACCUCUUAUGGCAGAAGCUACACAGAGUUUUGUGUUCUGCCUCAGAGAAGAACUAAAAACGACAGACCUGUCUCAGUACAGAAAGACUAUGGACAACCUUGCUUCCUGUAUGGAAAACAACACUAUCGGUAAAUCAAGUGUGAAUAUCCUGUUCAAAGAAGCUCUUCAAUUUCUGCAGAAAUCUGUGCUUGAAAUAGAGGAAGAAAACAGAAAGCUCGGUGGAAAUCGCAUUGCUCAAACUCGGCUGAUGCAUGAUUUGUUGAUGGGUGUUAAAGUUUCAAUGAUGUUGAUACAAAAAAUUCAGGAAAACGUUCAGGGAAAUUUCUGGAAGACGUUAGAUUCUCCUAUUUGGCAAAGUAUGUGUGGACUACUGAACCGUUUUACACACUUCUUAAUUAAUGAAGACGUCUUACAGACUGUCCAGACUACAGCAGGGUUGGCUGUUGUUCUCUUUAUUAAGACCAUGUUUGAACCAGGUGAAAAGCUACCUUGCUUGAUCAGCGACUUGCUUUGUGGCUCACUGAAGCAUUCGGACUUGCCAGACUGGUUUGUGGACAGCUGUGGGAGUCUUUGCACUGCUGAGCUUUCUGACUCGGUCCUCCUUUUCCUCUGCCACGGAGCACUUGCUAUGCUAGAGUGGAAGAAUGGCAGCAUGGACCAGAAUAUGGAGAAGCUGCUCUUGGAUAUUGCCUUGACUUUGCUGACCUUGAGUACACGGCUUAAAGAAUCUGUUAUGGCGGCAUCCUUGUCCAGAAUUUUAGCUAUCUGGACGGCUUCGGCGUUGGAUGCUCUUCAGUCAAGUUCUGAAAACCUGAAGUGUAGCCUCAGUGGAAACUCAGGCACUAUUGGAAAAAUGCUGGAUUAUGUCUAUGCUCAUUGGGAGCAUCCCCUUGAUGCUGUUAGACACCAAACCAAACUGAUAUUUAGGAACAUCCUCCGAAUUCACCAGGCCUCAGCAAAAGGACCCAUUGUAAAAGUGGACCCUUUCUUCUCGGGAUUAAUUGACAACUUGCUAAGUUUAGAAUGGCACGUUAAAGGCAAAUACUCGUCACUUGGCUGCCUUGUUGAAUGUGUGGGCAUUGAAAAUAUUCUGGCAAUGGACAGGACAAUUCCUGCGCAGAUCUUGGGCGUCAUGAGUGAUCAGUCUUUUGCACCUUACGCAAGUGAUUUGUUGGAAACCAUGUUUGUGAACCACAAGAGACACCUUGAGUCCGCACUGGAAGGGAACACCUGGAUCGACAAAUGGCACGAGGCGUGGGUGUCUCCCCUGCUGUCAAUCUUGUGUGAUGGGAAUCCAGAGCAAGCCACCUACGUAACAGAUUAUUACUUACCCAAGCUGCUGAAAUGUAGCCCCGAAAGCUUGAACUACAUGAUUAAAAUCCUUCAUACGUCAGCUGAAUCUAAUGUUGGAUCUUGCAAUACCAGAGGAGCACUCGGAGCUUUGAUGGCAUGCCUGAGAACAGCAAGAGCCCAUGGGCACUUAAAGUUCAUAGACAUGAUGCAUAGUGGUCUUGUAUCCAUUACCUGUAUCAAACAAGGUUUAGUUCAUCAACACGAUCAGGUGCAAAUAGACGCUUUAGGUUUGCUUUGCGAAAGUCACUGGAGCACAGAAAUUAUUUCCGCCGAAGAGAUGCAACUGAUUGAGUUUUUUAUUAGCUACAACUUGAACAGCCAGUCUCCAGCUGUGAGGCAACAAAUCUGUUCCCUGCUGAAAAAGUUGUUCUGCCGGGUACACGAGAGCUCCCAGACAGUUCAUAAAAUGCAGCAAAUGAAGUCCAAGCAAGGCCUGGGCAAACAUCCCGUUCCGUGGGAUCCAUUAAAGACUUUGCAUCAGUACAAGGAUUUCAUGUCCUCUGUCUGUGAUAUCCUUUUUGGAGCCCUGUUUCCUGGUUCAUCUCAUCCAACCAGAUUUACUGCACUGACUGUUUUGGGAUUAAUAGCUGAAACGUUUCCCGUAUCAGAAGGCCAGAGCCAAGAACUGUUUCAGGUCGCUCAAGAGGUCAGCCUUCCUCGUCUUCAGACUCUACUCCACUGCUUUGCCAGCACUUUUGAGGAAAUAAAGAUCUUGGCAUUUGAUCUUCUGAUGAAGCUUCAUCCUGUCUUGCCUUAUUUUCAGGAACCUCAGCAACUGCAGUCGUUGUUUCAAGUAGCAAUGCAUCUCAGCACAAGUACCAAGCCUUACGACUGUGUAACAGCUUCCUAUUUGCUGAACUUCUUAAUACACCAGAAAGGCCUGCUGAAGACCUGCUUAAACAAUCAUCUACCUCUGAACACAUUUCAGCCGGAUGAGGAUAAAUCUAGUGAUCCAGUGGAGGAGAACACUUUGGCUGUUGUCAAAAGCUUGAUGGUGAACCUUGAAGGAGAAAUACUGCAAGCAGACAAGUCUUUACUUCAAGCGGCUACUUCAUUUCCAAUGUAUGGCCGUGUACAUUGUAUAACUGCAGCUCUGCAUCAGUUACCAUUAAAUAUUUUGACCCUGAUUCCUGAAUGGAAAGAGGUGGUGGCAAAGCUUAUUCUGAUGUCUUACGAGCUUUCUGCUGUAGUGUCUCCAGUAGUUCAGAGUUCAUCACCAGAAGGUCUUAUUCCAAUGGAUACUGACUUGGACAGCUCAGAGCGCUUGCAGUUGAUUCUGCGUGAGAUACAGCCACGUGAUACGAACGAUUAUUUCAGCGAAACAAAAUUGUUCCAAGAGCGCUGCAGGCUAGACUGUACCAGUGAGGGAGCGGAAAACAUUUGCACUGAAAUUAGAGAUGAAGAACAGCAGACAUGUGACGUAACAGCUCAGAUGGUGCUGGUUUGUUGCUGGCGAAGUAUGAAGGAAAUAUCAUUACUUUUAGGCAAGUUGUGUCAGCUUCUGCCUUUACAGGCGCUUUCCAAUUAUCCAGAUGCACUGAUAACAGUAGAACAGGUGAAAGAGAUCGGGGAGUAUUUCAAGCAUCAUCUUCUAAAGUCAAGGCACAGAGGGGCGUUUGAGCUGGCGUACGCCGGUUUUGUAAAGCUCACUGAAGUACUCUCAAGGUGUGACAACGAAAGCCUGCAUAGGCUGCCAGAGCAGUGGCUGUGCAAUGUACUGGAAGAAAUCAAAUCUAGCGAUCCUUCUUCUAAACUAUGUGCCACUAGACGCAGUGCUGGGAUUCCAUUCUAUAUACAGGCUCUGCUAGCUUCAGAACCGAAGAAGGGUAAAGCAGGCUUGUUAAAAAUGACAAUGAAAGAGCUGAUAUCUUUAGUUUCACCUUCAAGUACUCCAGCAAGCACAGUCCCUCAGGUCCAUGCUUUAAAUAUCUUGAGGGCUUUAUUCAAGGACACCCGCUUAGGAGAAAACAUCAUUCCUUACGUGGCAGAUGGAAUGCGAGCGGCAAUAUUAGGUUUUACGUCUUCUGUCUGGGCAGUGAGAAAUUCAUCUACGCUUCUCUUUAGUACAUUGAUCACAAGAAUAUUUGGAGUUAAAAGAGGAAAGGAUGAGAAUUCUAAGAAAAACAGAAUGACAGGGAGGGAGUUCUUCACUCGGUUUCCAAACCUUUAUCCGUUCUUGCUCAGCCAGUUGGAAGCUGUAGCCAGCACAGUGGACAGUGGGACGGGUGAGUUUAAGCUGCACCCGAGCUUAUUCCUUUUGCUUUUGAUUUUGGGGAAGCUGUAUCCAUCACCGAUGGAUGGCACAUAUUCCGCCCUUAAUAUGGCACCCUUCGCUCCAUUUAUUUUGAGAUGUGGUCACUCUCCUGUGUAUCGUUCCCGUGAGUUGGCUGGUCGCGCCCUGGUCCCCUUUAUUAUGAUAAACCAGGUACCACAGACUGUAUCGUCUUUGUUGGCUGGGCUUCCGGACUGCACAGAUCCCUGCGUACGACAGAAUGCUGUUCAUGGAACGCUGCUGCAAGUCUUUCACUUGCUGCAGUCCUAUUUGGAGUCUAAACACAGGACUAAUUCAGACUUUCUGCAAGGCCUGAGAAGCAUCAUAACUUGUAUUGAAGCCAAACUGUGGUUGGCUAAGUGGCAAAAUCCUUGCUUGGUGACUAGAUCGACGUAUAUCGAUAUACUUACUCUGCUGAAUAAUUACCUUGGGAAAUCCAAAAUAAAAGGAACAGAGUUCCUCGGAUUUUGGGAUGAAAUAGGCACAAUUAUCUCAGAUUCGGAACUGGCAACGGGUAUCAGCUACUCUUCUGCAGUGCCAGGACUUCCUCAGUAUCUCCAGAGCGUCACCAAACUGUUCCUGUCUAUGCUCACAAUGACUUCAGAUCCUGGAUUUGCAAACUACAGUUCACCUGCCAAACUGAAAACAGUAAAACCUUGUUUGUCAGUUGCACAUCUGCUACACUCUGAGUUCUGCGAAGUGCGCUUGUUGGUCUUGGAAGCAACUGUUGUGUGGCUGAAGCAAGUACAUUCUAAAUCUGUAACGGAAGAACGGGGGAAAGUUCCAUUGUAUCUACUGUCUGGUUUGGAGGAGAUCCUCCUUCGGAUGGCUGUAAAGGAAAAGCAUCCGGAAUGUUUUUGCAAGGUAUUAGAGGCACUAUACCAUACGGACACGCAAAAUGUGCUUUCAGAAACAGAAGAUGCUUUAAAAAUGAAUGCAAGAGAAUUCUUGCAUUGGGUUUUGAAUAUUGCAGAUGCUUCUGACAGCAUUGAAAUUCAAAGUAUAUCCCUCAAAUUUGCCUCAAAGUUGGUCAUCCGUCUUGUCCAAGAUCAGCAGAAGGUGAAAUCAGAGAUGAAGCAAUGGGUUGGCAUAGUCACUUCCUUCUGCAGAGAUGAACAGCAAACAGAUCUCAGAUUAGCUGCUGCAGAGAUUCUUGUGAGCAUUACGCCGUUUUUUCUGACCAGUCAAAAGCUUCUGUUGGGUCUACCUGAUACAUUACACCUUUGGAGAUGUGUUGUUCAGCUGUUGCAGAGUGAAGAGCAGAUAGUAAGGAAUACCGUGGCUGGGGUUAUAAGACAAGCUCAAUCUCAAGAAAAUUUAUCUAGGAAAACAGAGCUUGGCUUCCAAGUGGUGAAUGCAGCAAUGGCCUUGGAUUUAACAUUUUUUAUAUUGUGUGAACUGCUGCAGCAGUGGGAGCAGACCAGCGCUGGGGUCUUAAUCUUACUGGAGUGGCUGCUAGGAAAAGAGGAUCUAGAGACUACAACCUUCGUGGAAAAUGACUAUCUGUUUGACAAAGGAGAAGCAAAUUUCUGGGCUGAGAAAUUAACGAAGGUGCGUCAGCUGCGUAAACACCUCUUCCUGCUCAUACCAGUGACUCGUGUCAAUCCAUGUGAUCAAGGAAAGUUGCACCAGUUGGCAACGUUAGCAUCUGAUCAAGCCAAACAUGUGACCCAGCUUCUUGGAGAAAUGCCUUCAACUCCUGAAUUUUCCCGAUCUUCGGAGCUCACGCAAUUAACUAUUCGGAAUGAAAGAAUAUCCACUUGCCUUAAAAUACUAAGCUUGCUCGAAGCUGGAAAUGACAUGUGCCGAAAACUUGAAAACAUGAAUGCGUAUGAUUUGCUCACUGUCGAUUACAACUUGUGAACCACACUGAACGCAAAGACAGGUCAUAAAUGUGAACGCCGUUGUAGCAAUAAGUCCUAGAUACUCCGUACUUCAAUCCCUUGAACCUCCAUCCAACUUUUCUGCUGAUGAAUGCUUCUCUGAAUGCUCUCAUAAGCAGAGUUUUAAUUGCAGCUGUUGUAGGAAGCAAAGCUGCUAAACUGUUUCUUCCCAUGCACUGCAUGCUGGCCACCUGCUGAUCUGAUUUGCUGAUUUUA